CUUGUUUAUGUAAACAUAGCCCAGAAAAGGAACUUCAUAUACUUCAACAAAGCCAUCUCUUUCUCUACAACAAAAUCAAAGAUCACAAAUAGCUCCAAUUAUUAAUCCAAAAGGUUUGGUUUCAAUUGAUGAUGAGAUAUGGAGGCAAUCAACUCACCACCACCCGUUGCCACAAGCAGCUUUCUCACUCCCCUACUCAUUUCCAUGCUUGGCAUAGUCGCCACAUCCAUGGCCAUAAUAGUCUACCACCUCGUAUUGGUUAAAUAUUGCCUGAGACGGCAAGAAAAUUCCAGUGAGUCGUCACAACUGGUCCCUGAUCCCCGACCUCCGACCGGUGUGGAACCCAAAAUCCUUGAAACAAUCCCAAUUCUUGCUUACUCCACCAAGAAGGGUUAUCUAUUUAGGGUGGACCAGACCGAAUGUGUGGUUUGCUUAGGGGAGUUGGAGGAUGAGGACAUAGUGCGUUUGUUACCUAAUUGCAAGCACUCAUUUCAUGUCCCAUGCAUUGAUCAAUGGUUCAUGGCACGUGAUAGUUGCCCGGUUUGUCGGUCACCCAUAGUUGCACCAAUCACUCAAGUGCCGCCAUUGCAUGCGCAUGUUGAUCAAACAGAUAGCGUUGAGCUUCCACCACAAGAUCACGAUCAACGAGCCCAUAUCGGGGGCAAUCAUCCCCAAGGACCACAAACUUGUGGUUUGCUUCGCCAUUGUGCGUCGAUGGCACUGCCAACAGAGAAGAGAUCAAGAAAUUUGGUCACCGGGUUAAAGCGAUCAUUGUCUAUGGAUCAAUCAGAUCAUGUUGCCAUUGACAUACAAAGAGAGAGUGGAAGUGAAUGUUCUUCUACAAAAGCUGAUAUCUUGAGGGAUAGAUUGUCUCGGGCACGAUCUAUUAGGCAUUUGGAUCGAGUGUCAUCAAAGUUGCUGAGGUCCUUUUCGCGUUUGACGAUGGGACAGGGAAGCGCUACCACUGAAAUUCUUCUUCCUUAUUGAGAUGUUUUUCAGUUUUUGAUUCAUGCUUAUUAAAUAUGAUUAAUAAGUUGAUUAUGAUGCUUUUAAAGAACUGAUAAAGUACUAUAUAUCACCAAAUUCAGUUAAUUUAUUUACAUUUUGAUACAUAUAAUUAUAUGAUUGAAUCAUUCCUUAAAUUUGUUAAUUUUACAAAAUCACAAAAAAGAGUAAUGAACAUGAAUGAAAACCCACAUAUUUCUUUAGGUUAAUUAUUUUUUUGUUUUUAAUUUAUAUUAAUUAUUUUUUUGUUUCAUUUAUAAAUUAGAAACAACCAUUAAAAUUCCUGGUACUCAAUACCACAAUAAAUACGAAUCUACAUAUACAUUAUACAUAUUAGUUCAAUUACCUAGAAAAUCAGUAUUUUUUUAUGAAUAUGUUUCGAAUCAUUUUAACUUUUUUACAAAGAUAAAUAAUUUUUUUUUAAAGGGUUGGAGUUGGGAUGGAAUGGUACUGGUGUGGUCUAUAUUGUAAACAACACUAAGUAAGAAGCACUUAAUGGACAACUAAGGAGUUAGUAUUUAAAGCUCACGUCCACCUUCUUACUGUCUCUACUAGAUUUUUCUAUUCUCAAAUCCAAAAAAAUAAUUCUAUAAUUGUUUAUUAUUUUCACAUGUUCUAAAUACUAGAUAUAUUGUACACAUGUUUUUUCCAUGUCAAUCGUCUAGAAAAAUCUAACCCAAAUGUAACAAGACAUUGAAUAACAUCUCAAAAUUUUUUUUUACAAAUUUUCUAGAAUGGUGCAAUGAAGGUACUCAAUAUUUUUUGGUAAGUAAGGGUGUAUGUAUAUUGAUGAAAGAAAUUUACAUCGAGACAAAAAGAAUGUAAGCUACUAACAACUAUUAUGUUGAUGUUAAUAUAAAUUUAGGACUAUUACCGAUCUAAUAGCAGAAUUUUAAGUUCAAAUUCAGUCAUGCCUUGGCCUUGAGAAAAGUUUUGAUUAGGUUGUAGUAGGUACAAGUAGGUAUAACUUAUGAGGUCAGAAUCUGUAGAAGGAAUAAAACAAAUUACAACGAUAUAAAUUGAUGUCAAAAGUACUAAUACAGAUAUAAAUUAGAACCAACGCUUAUGGGAAUUAAUAAUACUUAAGUUUUUAUAUUGUCAUUUUUUUCUUUUUAUCAUUUGAAUCUGAUCAACAAAGAAAUUACCUUUUACCCGAUUGAAUUGAGUUGUUUGGAAACUCUCAUCUAUAUUUAUUUAGGUUGCACUUUUCUCAUUUUUUGUAUUUUAAAGUCCUCAAUAUAUACUAAAAAUUAAUAUUAUAAAAAAGUAUAUUACAAUUAAUUUAAAAAAAAAUUCAAAAUUUUAUUACUUAGUACCCUCAAUCAAAAUCAAAAUUUCUGGCUCUACCCCGUUAGAAACCAUAACGCGGUGAUUAGUUAGCUAGACAAAUGACAGACUUGGUUAGAAUAAGAUUUCAAGUACAAAGCAGCUAAUUAAUGGCCACUCAUUUGUUAAAGUUUGAGAGCUGAUUGAUCAAAGAAGAAAAUAACGGAAGGUGGAAGUUAUAAACUGUGUUGAAUACAAAGGAAGAGAAAGCUUAUUCUGCAAACUCCUCACGACAAGAAAAUUUGGGGGCCUACAGAGAAAUGAAAUUUCACAGUUAAAGAGAGUAUAUUUUUUAGCAUUGGAUGUUAUGAAAGGGCACAAUAAUCUCAUUCCCAAAGACAGCUACUGGUAUGUUCAAGACAUUAAACAAAUCUGGAAGGAUGUUUGGAAGCUCAAUGUUCCAAGAAAAAUUCAAAUUUUCCUUUGCAAUCCCUUCAUGAAAAAAUUCUAGUAAAGUUUAAUUUAGAGAUCAAGAAUAAGUAUUGUUGAUCUAGAUUAUUGCAUAGGCCGUGAUCUUGAGAAGGAAAUAGGGAGGGGAUCAUAUGUCGUGGAAUUGCUCCGAUGCUCAUGAUAUAUGGUCGUGAAACUAUUUAAAGAUGGAUUUUUGAAACUCUUAACAUGUCUUGACAGCUGAGAUCAGGGAUGGAUUUACUGUGGACUCAGUGGAGGAUAUCUGCGAUGCGGCCACUGAAUUUUUUUAUUAUUACAUAUUAUACCUUUAAAUUUGUACUUAAAGCUUCGAAAUUUGUAGCGUCUUGUUUUGCUUGUAAUGAAAUGAAA